AUGGCCUUCAUGAAAAAACUACCAACAGACCGUUUUUUAAACACAUCCAUGGUAUUCAAGUUUUGGGCAACAGAUGCAGCUCUCCAGAAGCGUUACAGCCAAUUGGAGAUCAGCACCAAUUUGGUUCUUGUGAAAGCCCAGAAGAUUGUGAGGAAACUCUUCACUCUGAGCAAGCGCUGUCCCAAACUGCCAAGGAUCAGCCUCCCAAGAGAAAGGUACGAAAAUGGGAAUAUCACGUGCUCUUAAAUGAUUCCUCAAAUAUAUUGUAAUAUCUGCCAAAUCAGAUGAAAACGUGUUUAUAUUGGCUUUUGAACAUCUUACACCUACUUUAUUAGUAAAUUACAUAAAUUAAUUAUUACAUAGAACCACUUCAUGGCAUUUUAUCAUCAUUGUUUCCUCUUUUAUAUCAAGUUAUGUUGUUUGGGUCAGGUCUUCAUGCUUUUCCCUGUAGUUAAAAUAGUACACCCCUAAUCACAAAAAGUAUUCACAACCCUUGACUUUUUCCAAAUUUUGUGGUGUUACAGCCUGAAUUUAAAAUUGAUUAAAUUGAGAUUUGUGGGUCUCUGGCCUACACACGAUACUCCAUAAUGUAAAAGUAGAAUUAUGUUUUUCAAAAUGUUGUCUUGAGUCAGUAAGUAUUCAACCCAUUUGUUAUGGCAAGCCUAAAUAAGUUUAGGAGUAACAAUUUGCUUAGCAUGUCACAUAAUAAGUUGCAUGGACUCAAUAAUAGUGAUUAACAUGAUUUUUGAAUGACUACCUCAUCUCUGUACCCCACACAUACAAUUAUCUGUAAGGUCCCUCAGUCGAGCAGUGCAUUUCAAACAGAUUCAACCACAAAGACCUGGUAGGUUUUCCAAUGCCUCGCAAAGGGCACCUAUUGGUAGAUGGGUAAAAAUAAAAGCAGACAUUGAAAAUCCCUUUGAGCAUUGUGAAGUUAUUAAUUAAACUUUGGAUGGUGUAUCAAUACACCCAUUCACUACAAGAUACAGGCGUCCUUCCUAACUCAGUUGCCGGAGUGGAAGGAAACUGCUCAGGGAUUUCACCAUGAGGCCAAUGGUGACUUUAAAACAGAGUUUAAUGGCUGUGAAAGGAGAAAAGUGAGGAUGGCUCAACAACAUUGUAGUUACUCCACAAUACUAACCCAAUUGACAGAGUGAAAAGAAGGAAGCUUGUAAAGAAUAAAAAUAUUCCAAAACAUGCAUCAUGUUAGCAACAAGGCACUAAAGUAAAACUGCAAAAAAUGUGGCAAAGCAAUUCACAUUUUGUCCUGAAUAAAACGUCUUAUGUUUGGGGCAAAUCCAAUACAGCACAUUACUGAAUACAUUUACAUUUACAUUUACAUUUUAGUCAUUUAGCAGACGCUCUUAUCCAGAGCGACUUACAGGAGCAAUUAGGGUUAAGUGCCUUGCUCAAGGGCACAUUUACGUCAUUUAGCAGACGCUCUUAUCCAGAGCGACUCACAAAUUGGUGCAUUCACCCUAUAGCCAGUGGGAUAACCACUUUACAUUUUUGGGGGGGGGGGGGGUAGUAGAAGGAUUACUUUAUCCUAUCCCAGGUAUUCCUUAAAGAGGUGGGGUUUCAAAUGUCUCCGGAAGGUGGUGAGUGACUCCGCUGUCCUGGCGUCGUGAGGGAGCUUGUUCCACCAUUGGGGUGCCAGAGCAGCGAACAGUUUUGACUGGGCUGAGCGGGAACUAUGCUUCCGCAGAGGAAGGGGAGCCAGCAGGCCAGAGGUGGAUGAACGCAAUGCCCUCGUUUGGGUGUAGGGACUGAUCAGAGCCCGAAGGUACAGAGGUGCCGUUCCCCUCACUGCUCCAUAGGCAAGCACCAUGGUCUUGUAACGGAUGCGAGCUUCAACUGGAAGCCAGUGGAGUGUGCGGAGGAGGGGGGUGACGUGAGAGAACUUGGGAAGGUUGAACACCAGACGGGCUGCGGCAUUCUGGAUGAGUUGUAGGGGUUUAAUGGCACAGGCAGGGAGGCCAGCCAACAGCGAGUUGCAGUAAUCCAGACGGGAGAUGACAAGUGCCUGGAUUAGGACCUGUGCCGCUUCCUGUGUAAGGCAGGGUCGUACUCUCCGAAUGUUGUAGAGCAUGAACCUGCAGGAGCGGGUCACCGCCUUGAUGUUAGCGGAGAACGACAGGGUGUUGUCCAGGGUCACGCCAAGGCUCUUCGCACUCUGGGAGGAGGACACAACGGAGUUGUCAACCGUGAUGAGAAUACCACUCUCCGUAUUUUCAAGCAUAGUGUUGGCUGCAUCAUGUUAUGGGUAUGCUUGUAAUCGUUAAAGGCUGGGGAGUUUUUAAGGAUAAAAAAUGAACAGAAUGGAGCUUAGCACAGGCAAAAUCCUAGAGGAAAACCUUGUUCAGUGUGCUUUCCACCAGACACUGGGAGAUUAAUUCACCUUUCAGCAAAACAAUAACCUAAAACACAAGGCCAAAUCUACACUGGAGUUGCUUACCAAGAAGACAGUGAAUGUUCCAGAGUGGCCAAGUUAUAGUUUUUAAUUAAAUCUGUUUGAAAAUCUAUGGCAAGACUUGAAAAUGGUUGUCUAGCAAUGAUCAACAACCAAUUUGACAGAGCUUGAAGAAUUUUGAAAAGAAUAAUGGGCAAAAAUUGCACAAUCCAAGUGUGGAAAGCUCUUAGAGACUUACCCAGAAAGACACAGCUGUAAUCGCUGUCAAAGGUGAUUGUAACAUGAAUUGACUCAGGGGGUUGAAUACUUAUCUAAUCAAGAUAUAUUAGUGUUUUAUUUUUCAUAAAUGUUUUACAGAUGUUAGAUUUUUUCUUCCACUUUGACAUUAUAGAGUAUUUUGUGUAGAUUGUUUACAAAAUAAAUUAUAUUAAAUCCAUUUUAAUCCCACUUUGAAACACAGCAAAAUGUGGAAAAAGUCAAGGGGUGUGAAUACUUUCUGAAGGCACUGAGUUGGCUGAGUUGUCUGUCAUUAAGACGCAAUUUGGUAUCUGAUGCUGUGAGAACCAGGGCAAGCGUCUGAAAUGAAAGAGCGGGUAAGAGAGAGCUGUUUAUGUCUCUGCCCCGAUUGAAGGGGUCUGUAUGAUGUGAGGUCUAUGGUGGCACGUCUGUAAUCAAGUGCUCUUAGAGACAACAGGUUGGUGUUAAUGUCUUGCCCACUGAACACUUCAAUUUCCUUGACAGGCGCUACCUCUGGCUGUCAUUCACUUCCUUAACUCUGUUCAAACAAAUAAAAACAAUCUAUUCAGCUCAGCUGAGCCAGAAGAUUUAUUCUACAUCAUCAUGUGCUAUGUAAUCCCUCAUUUUGAUAUGCAUGCCUGCGGCAAGGAAAAAGUUUCAGAUUUGAGCUUUAUGUUGUGCAAUUCCCAAUAAAUCAAAUCAAAUGUUAUUUGUCACAUACACGUGUUUAGCAGAUGUUAUAGGGGGUGUAGCGAAAUGCUUGUGCUUCUAGCUCCAACAGUGCAGUAAUAUCUAACAAGUAAUAUUUAACAGUUUCAUAACAUAUACCCAAUACACACAAAACUAGUAAGGAAUGGGAUUUAAGAAUACAUACAUAUAUGGACAACCAAUGACAGAGCGGCAUGGACUAAGAUACAGUAGAAUAUUAUAGAAUAGAAUGCAGUAUAUACAUAUGAGAUGAGUAGUGCAAGAUAUGUAAACAUUAUUAAAGUGACUAGUGUUCCGGUUGAGGAAAACUCCUCUUUGCAGAUUCAACUACAAAAUAGUGCUUAGUAGAAAGUUACAGCAAAGUACUACAUUUUUAAUUCAUGUACAAUAUUUGGGUUAUUUUCCCCCCAAAUGUGGUUGCACCAAAAAUAUAUCAUCCUAUCAAAGCUUGUACAUAAAUAAUGAACACAGACUUAAUAGCAAAUUCACUUUAUAGUGAGCAUUAUGUAUAAUACAUCGACAAAUAGAUAAAAUCUAAGAAUGAAUUAGCAAUAACAUAUUGGUAUUUAAAAGAACAAUCCUUCAUUAGUAUAUUCUGCAGGUUCUGGAACACAUGUUCUGCAUAAUUCAAUAGGGCUGAGAAAUAGUGUGAAAUGGACUCUGGAAGACACUACACUCCAGAGUAAACUGAACAGUUGGGAGAAGGAUCUUGUAUUCUUCUGAAUCCCAAAGACGGGCGAUAAGCCUUUUAAAGUCCACAUCAAUCAUUAUUUGAAACUUACUAAAUGGGAUGAUGUUAAGUGAACGUUAAGGGCUCUAUUCAAUCUGUAACGUUGAAGCUGAAGCGUUACAGAUUCCGCAAUAGAAAUGUAAAGGUUAUUUCCGAUUGAGCCGACAUAUGCAGCGUUUACCGUGAAUGCAGUCUUCGCUAAAGCGGGAUCAUUGCCUUUAAAUUUCAAUCACGCUGUAAAGCUGAAUUUGCGAGAUGCGCAUUGAAUAGAGCCCUAAAACAUUGUCAUCACUUGUGUCCUUUAUGCACUCUUUCUCUAUCCUUUCUAUAGGGUUCAAUAGUGUUAGUCAAAGGAAAAAUAAUUUGAGUAAUUCAUUUAUUGAUAAUAGGUAAAGAUGAUCUCAAAGUCAAAUUAUGUUUUUGAAAAUAAUGCUAUUUUCUCUUUAGGACACCAGGAUUUUGGCUGAGCAAGGCCCAGUCACUCCUGUACUGCAACGAGCAUGGAGACCUGGGCAUGUUUUCAGAGGAGGUGCAGAGCUGCACCUGCACUACUGAGCACAGUAGUGCCUGCCAGGGGACAGUGCCCUGUGAGGUCGGAGAGGGGUCAGCCUGCCUCUCAUGUGCCCCGGACAACAUCACCCGCUGUGGCUCAUGCCACCCUGGCAACAUCCUGCACCUGGGCUCGUGUCGGCCCAACAUAGCAAACUCUCUGGACCACUACCUGAACAUUGACUUUGACAUGCCGGACACAGAGGUCAAGUACCUGCUCCAGCAGCUGGACAGUCGCAUGGAGGUCCAUGCCAUCUACAUCAGCAAUGAUGUGCGUCUGGGCAGCUGGUUCAACCCGGCCUGGAGGAAACGUAUGCUCCUCACUCUAAAGAGCAACAAAAACAAAUCCAACCUCAUUCAUAUGCUAAUGGGAAUCUCAUUCCAGAUCUGCUCCACUAAAAACAGUACCCUGGAGCCUGUGCCUGCUAUAUAUGUCAACCCAUUUGGGGGCAGUCACUCUGAGAGUUGGUUCAUGCCUGUCAACCAGCAGGACUUCCCAGACUGGGAGAGAACUAAAUUGGAUGCCUCUCUGCAGUGCUACAACUGGACGCUGAUGCUGGGCAACAAGUGGAAGUCCUUCUUCGAGACGGUUCACAUUUACCUGCGCAGCCGCAUCCUGACCGACGACCCCACUGUCAACGAGACCCUUUUCUAUGAGCCCCUGGACCUGGACGACCACACGACCGACCUGGGCUACAUGAAAAUCAACAGUCUCAAGGUGUUCGGCUACAGCAUGCACUUUGACCCAGAGGGCAUCAAAGACCUGAUUUUGCAGCUGGACUACCCAUACACCCAAGGAACCCAGGAUGCAGCCUUUCAUAUGCUUCUGGAGAUGAGAGACCGCAUCAACCGGCUUUCCCCGCCCGGAGUGCAGCCAUUGGACAUCUUUUCAUGUCUGCUCCGCCACAGGCUCAAGCUCUCCACCAGCGAGGUGGUGCGCAUCCGAGACUCCCUCCAGAUUUUCAACUCCAAGCUGCCCAAUUCCUCUGAGGCAGAGCUGGGCCAGUUGUGCAGCUAG